CCAUAUCGGAAUCUCGUCAAAUCGUGUAGAGCUUGCGCAACUUGUUUUACGAGAAAGAAAGAAAGAAAGGAAGAAAGAAAGGAAGAAAGAAAGAAAGAAAGAAAUAGGGAAAACAAACGGAGGUAUUUUGUCGCAUCUCAGUCAACGCACCGGCCGGAUCGAGGACGACUACAACCUACGAUUCACGUCGACUUGCCUUCUGCCACGCGUCUCGAACAAACAAGAGCUAAUUCGAGAGAAACGGAAUGCGGUCGACUUAGUGUCUUCACCAAGAUGAUUGCUUUCUUCUGGCUGGCGCUUCUCCUAGCUGCUUCACCUCUGCUGGCUAAAUCUAUAGCACCGACGGUAGCCCGCUACCAAGAAGAUGCGCUGGAGGUGGAUCAGCUGCUGGCCAGCGGCCGAUCGUCGUCACUGCCCGAAAGGUUCUUGCAGAUAGCGCACAAGAACUGCCAAGGUCCCGAACGCCAGCCGGGCAUUUGCAUGUUCAACUUCGAAUGUCAACAGCAGCGAGGCAAAGUCGUCGGCGCUUGUCUCGAUGGCUUCUUGUUCGGCGCUUGCUGUCACCUGUCGACCGAUCAUUCGAUGAGUGCCGCCGUCGUCUCCACUUUGCAGGCCGUCGGCGUUCCCGCCGUCGUCAAUGGACCGGCUCAUUCUUCGGCGAACGCAGGGGAUGUUGACUUGGAGGUCUCUGGCCCUUCUGAGCCGUCUAACGUGUCGUCCGACUUGAUUGGCUACGGCAGUUUGCGCGUCCCUGCUGCCAUCGGUGGACACGUGGUCGCCGACGAUGCCAACAAAGAAGCUACACCUGUGCUUCCUCUCGUGCUCAUGUUCCAAAACGAGUCUGUCGCGGCCACGGCGAACUCUGGCGAAACGCAGAAGCAAGACGAGAGCCAUUUAGAGUCUGCGGCCGCUAGCCAGAACAAUAAAGGGUCCCAAUUAUGGAGCAGUGAUGUCGGCUUGCCGAUAACGGCACUUCCUGACAACCAGAUUUCGCUCUCUUCGGCCGAGAAUCCGACGACAGCCGGUUCGCUUCUGUUGGACCAGGUAGGACAGCAAGCGAUGCUGCAACCGACCGCCUCGUCGCAGAUCGAAGCGGAGUCAUCCAAGUUGCCGACCGAACCGCCAUCGGCCGUCCCCAAUCGCGUGCCGCCCGUGCGCGUCAAAGGUCAGUCGAACAAGAGACCGCGACCUAAACCGUCCACUGCUUCGACGAAAACGGUUGAAAUGACGUCGACUGCUGCACCGCCACCGCCUGUGGAAAACGCUUUGACCACCACCACCAGCAGCUCCGUCGAAGACGGCAACGUUGCGGUGACGGAAUCCUUAGCCGAUCAACAAGCGAAUCUGCUUCAAUUCCUCGUCAGCAACCCGCCCGCUUGGGUUUUGGACGAGAUUAUCAACGGCUCUACCCUAACGACGUGGUAUCCUCUUCCCAUUGCCGAGAGUGGAAGUUUGAUCGAUCUUCCGUCCGACGUCGUGGCACCUUCUUCCGUUGCCGCAUCGGCUGCCAUCCGACCGCUAAAGAGGAAGCCCGUGAAGAACCGGCCGCAGUCGACGAGCAAAAUCAGCCCUACAACGGCACCGACCAUCAACCAGAUGGAAGACGACGACGGCGAAAUCAGUGAAUCGCCAACAACGGUAGCGUCCAUAACAACGACCGAUCCAGCAACAACAUCGACCGUGACCACUAGGAAACGGAAGCCGGUUUUCGAUUACGUCAAGGAUUGCGGAGUGCGGCCGAUGGCGCCAGAGGCUCGAAUCGUGGGCGGCAGACGUUCGGAUUACGGGCGUUGGCCGUGGCAAGUGCUGAUCCGCGAAUCAACGUGGUUCGGAAUCUUUUCGAAGAACAAGUGCGGCGGGGUUUUGAUCUCCGAUCGCCACGUUCUCACUGCCGCUCAUUGCCAACCUGGGUUUCUAGGGUCGCUUUUGGUGGUGCUGGGCGAGUUCGACUUGACAGGUCACUCGGAGCCGAACACGCCGACGGAGAAAAACGUGAAACGAGUGGUCGUUCACCGCGACUACGUCGAGCGAACGUUCGAAAACGAUUUGGCCAUAUUAGAACUUGAUUCGCCUGUUGAGUUCAAGCCGUACAUUGUUCCUAUUUGUUUACCUUCGACUUCCGAUGGCGACUUUGUCGGCAAAAAAGCUGAGGUCACCGGCUGGGGCAAAUUAAGCCACAACGGACCUACUCCCGGUGUACUGCACGAGGUUGACGUGCCGAUCAUAAGCAACCCGGAGUGUCACGACAUGUUCAAAAAAGCUGGUCAUGAAAAACGCAUUUUAGAUAGCUUCGUCUGUGCUGGUUACAGUGAAGGCAAAAAGGAUUCGUGCGAGGGCGAUAGUGGAGGACCCCUGAUGUUGGAACGGGACGACGGCCGAUGGUCGUUGGUGGGAACCGUUUCUCACGGCAUCCGCUGUGCCUAUCCAAACAUGCCCGGAGUCUACAUGCGCAUGACUUAUUACAGACCGUGGAUCGAGCGUGUGACGGGCAUCGGUGGUACACAGUUGGGCCGAUGAACACACGUCGAUCCUCGUCUUAGCCGCAAUACCGCAGCCAGCAAUAAGCUGUGAUUGUUAAAUGAAACCUCACUUAAGAGAUUCCCAUCUUAUGUGUCUAUACAAACUAAAAAAAAAACAAAAAAUAAAAACAAAAACAAAAAAAUUUAUAAAUAAAAUAAAAAAAUAAAUCCACCAAGUUCAUUCGGCAGUUCAAAAUGAAAAAAGAACAGCUGCGAUGAAAGGUCCCCUACAUUUGUAAAUAGAACUUGAAUUGACCUGACAUGUUUCCGGGAAUUUGUACUAUGUACAGCCUGUUCCGGUCCCAUUUCGUUUUAGUUGCACCCCCCCCCCCUUUUUUUUUUCAAUGUCACAUUUAAAAGAAUAAACUUGUGUACGAAUUUA